AUGUCUACUUUAGAAGACAUUACCGCGCAACGCAUACAAAGGCGUAUUAACAAAAUACUGCAACGUGAACGAAUGCGCCCUCCGGCACUCGUUUCAGAACUAACUUACCGGCUUCCGUUUCUGUUACCUCUUCCUCAACCGAAGCUGUAUCUAGAGCGGCAAAAUCAACAGUUGCAACGGCUGCAGUUGCAACAACGCCGACAGCAAGCAAAAUCAAGCAUGCUGCAAGUACGGUUGAAACAAAAACAGAUACAAAUCAGUCAAGUGAAGCAACGACGGAUAAUGUUGCGUCUGGAGUUGGAAUCGCAAAAUUAUCAUUUAAAUCGUGGUCUAUUGCAAAUCCAGCAGUUACAGGCAAAACUGCAGCAGCUACAAAACACGCGAAAACAUUUCCAGCAACAACUGGAACAGACAUGGUGGCGUCGAUGGUGGAAACUAUGGCGAGAGCGUUGA